CGCAGUCGCAUACGCGUUUUAUUGACAGUGUUUUUAUAAAAAUGUGAUCGUGACUAUCUUCCCUUUAUAUUUAUAAAGAGAUAGAUAGUGUGUGUAUUGUUGGAUUUUUCUUAUGGUUUUCUUCUUGGAUUUCCAAGGUUGUUCCCACAUCAGAUGGCGUAGAAAACCGGUCGGAGAGAUUCAACACAAAUGCUUUUUAACAACCUAAUGGAAGGUGAAGCAAUUGCAGCAAAUACAAUCAUAUCAUCCAUCAAAAACUUUAACACAGAUGGAAAAGAUCGUGGCACUAUUAAAGCGCUUUUAAAGAAUUUUAUUUUACCAGACACAGAUAUGGCUAUCAAACAUAAACAUAGUCUUAGCGAAAAAUGUCUUUACACAGUGCCAAUGAAACCACCUAUGUCACCUUCAUAUCAACGGAAAACAGUGAAUGAAGCGAAGCAAGCAUUUUUAAAUUCCACUCUAAAACAUUCAAAAGAACACGAAAAGAGAGCCAGACAAGAAGCGACGCUGCAUUAUGCACAAAUAGCGAUUACUACUAGUGAUGACACUCGAAGUACAGGAGGAGGAAAAGACGUAAAUGUAAAGCCUAAUCUUAAAGAUAAAUCUAAUCCAAUCGACAUUCCAGCUUCGAUGAAGAAAAAAAUUGAACAGCAACACAGAAAAGUUAGUUUUAAAAUAAAAAAUGCGUCUACCUUACAUCGUCGUCCGCCUAUUGUAACAACAAUGACUAUAACAAGUAACAAAGUUUCAGAAUUAACUAAGAAGUUCAAUGAUUUAGUAAACAAUAGUUCAUCCGGAAUAGUCAAACAAUCAAAAUUAGUUAAAACAUUUGAAGACUUACAGUCAGCAUAUUCCGCUAGUAACAGCUCAACUCCGUCAUCAACACUAAGUUCCAGUCCAAAUAUUAAAAUUGUUGUACAAAGACACAGGAGAGGUUCAAGAAAACGUAACAGUAGGAAAAGAUGCUCUAGUAUGGAUUCUAUCGAUAAAUUAGUCCUUUCUGACAAUUCCAAUAGCAAAAUUCGCGUGAUACGCUCAAAAUCUGAUGGGAAUAGAAUUCCAAAAUCACCUAAAAAGCGUUUAAAAUAUCCUGAUUCAAAUGGUCAGAGUGGAUCAGACUCUGUUGAUGGCAGUCCAAGUAAAACAGACAGCCAGAAACAAAGUAAUGUUGUCAAAAGCGCUAUUAAGAAGUUUGAAUGUGAAAUAAAUGCUCAAUCUAAUCAAACGAAUACUUUGCAACGAAAUCGAGGGGUUGACAAUGUAAUAACAAAUAAAGAAAAACCACAAGUACCUGAAAAGAAAUCAUCACUUGUAUUAACAAAAAAUCUUGUACUUAAAGAUGGUGUACCUAAAAUAAAAACAAUUAAACCUGUUCUAGUCGACUUAUCAACUAAACAAGUGGUUAAUAUCACUCAAUCGGAAUCUUUUAAAAAGAAAGAACCAAUAUAUGAUAAGAAAAAAUUUAAAACUAAUUAUAUUCAUUCGGAGAAGUUACCAUUACAUUUAGUUGAAAUUAUACAGGAAGAAGGCAGUGAACCUACUCUCGCUACUACAAAUAAUAAAAGUGUAUAUGAAUCUCUUACAAACAAAGAAGAAAACCUAAUUCCACAAGACAUUGAAAAUUCGAUAACGCCCAAUGAGUCAUUUCUUUGGAGGCGAAAAAGUAUCCAAAUGUACUCAGAUUGUGAUAAAUCAAAUUCUGAAAAUUCUUAUGGAUUUGUAAGUAUUACGAUAAAUGAAACGUCCGGAUCAUGUAAUGAUGAACAAACAAAUAACACUUUGCAAAAAGAUGAAUCUCAACUGAGUGAUAAUUCUGAAUCUCAAAUAAUUGAAAUUGAAAUAGAAAGUAAUCAGUCUCAGCACGCUUCUGACUUCGAAAGUAAUUUAAUAGAGGCCUAUAACAGAGAAGUGUUAGUCGGUUUUACUUCUAAACCUCCAAAAGACGAAGUUGAAGACGACUAUGAAAUUUUAGAACCUCGAGACGAUAACGUUGUAGUUGUCACAGUCAAGAGCGAUAGAGUUUCAAAAAUAAAUUGCCCCCUUCCAGAAAUUCCAAAAGUUGAGGAAAGUCCGCCCGUAGAAAAUAUAUAUCAAUGCCUUUUAGAAAUGAGGUCACAUCCAGAAGGCGACGAAAGUAGUCUUCAUAAUUAUGAAACAUGUGGUAGUCAACUUGAGGAAAGAACUAGGGGAGAUGGUGACAGCGACGAUGGAUAUGAGUAUUGUAAGUCUCCAGUUAAACCAUAUUGCCAUGCGUCUAGUUCUGGAAUACAAAUUGCUGAAAAUUAUAACCCAUAUUCAGCUAACACUAAGAACUAUUCUAUCGCGAAAUCUGUCAGUGGCACUUCAACAGUUAGUUACGAGAAAAUAGGUUCCGAUAGAAUCUAUGAGCGGAUACCGCCUCGUCCUCCAAAAUCAAAAGAAAACAGUCCAAAGAAUAAAAGAGAUUCAAUAAUAUCAGAUUACAAUGAAACUGAAAAUAUUUACGACUCCAUCAAGCAUCCAGAUGGUGUUUCUUUAUCUCAUUGCUAUGAGAGUAUACCCAAUAGCCCAAGCAUGACUAAACUGAAUACCGUGAAAAAACAGUUGCCGUCAGCUGUUCAGAAACGUCUUUCUUUUGAUAACGUAUCCAACAUAAGCCAAUCAACUGUAUCAAGUGAGCAAAAGACAAACAGUAUUUAUGGCCAAAGAUCAGUCUUAAGUUACAAUGGACAGGAGGUGCUCUUCCAAGUACCCAGUAGCGAGACCAGCGUUAGUGAUCGAAGCGACAGGAGUGAUGACUGGGUAGACAUAUCUGAUGAAGAAAAGACCGAAGAAAAGAAGAUUAUCAUUGUCCAAGAAAGGAGCCGCAGGAAGGGACUCGCAUGGUCUCAGAAAGUGCGACACCAAUGGCAAAAUUCUCCUAAACAAAGCGAAAGCAAAGAAUGCGACAGCAGUGAUUCCGGUCAUCUUUACGAGUCGUUGGAACCUGCACCUGCGCCGGCUCCAAUCCGCCCCGCGCGCCUUCCCCCCGCGGUGCCGCAACCCAUAGAUGACGACUUCGACUCAUUUGACAGUGACAGCGACGAUGAUAAUGACAAGACACUUGAACCGGAUUUGCCGCCAGAAUUACCGGCUGCAAGGUUACCGACGCCCCCACACGGCGGACAGUAUACGUUAACAAAAAUUGCCAGCGCAGCUCAGAAGAAAAUGAGACAAAUAAAGCGAAAUUUAACAAAGAGAUAUUCCGUCGCAAUGGACGGGAAGACCUUUAUAAAAUCCAGUCAAACAUAUGACACGCCGAAGAACCAACAGAACCCCAAAUCGCCCAUUUACGCAAACUACCAGAAGCCAGAGAUCCAACAUCUAUACAGUAACAUAAACUUUGAUAAGAAGACUGACAAGCCUCUAGCCAAAAUCACCGGCACGUUCAAAGACGAAUUAAAAACAAUUAUAGAUAAAAAAGAAAAACCCACAGAAAAAAGGCUGAGUGGUGAUCCUUUACCCUUGCCCGAAAAGCCUUCGGUGGAAAAUCCAACAUCUCCCACAGAAAAUAAGAAAGAUAGUGGAACUUUGUCCAGGAAAGCGUAUUUGUCUUUUAAAUCUCGGUUUAGAAGAGCAACUUCAAUGGCUGUAGAUAUUAACUCAGAGGUGCCCAGUGCGCUGAAGAUCACAAAUUCUACGUUUUACCUCACCGAUUCUAUGGAUGGUGACUCUGGAUUUAGUAAUUGCAGCGACAACGGCCCCAACCCCGAAGCGCUGUCACCGAGCAACCGGAGUCGUGGUACGAGACUUCGUCCCGGAUGGGCGGAAUCCUCCCCUUGCCUGGCGCUUGAGAGGCCCUCACUGCCCCCGCCGCCGCCUCCCACAACUGACCUUAGCGCUGUCAACGAAGAAUUGAAGCGACUCCUGCCGACUUUGUCGCGCAAGGAAAAAGGUCCUCGUACGCGCACCUCGUGGUAUGCCGAAUGCGGCGCCGACCCUGCGCCCACUCACACCUCAAACUCUUCUUGGUACGCCGAAGCAGGUCUGUACCCAGCUGGGCACAUCUCGUCGUCAUCAGGCGCAUCUUCAGGCUCUCAUCCGGCCUCACCGCGUCUCCACUCACUCUUCACCCACGAACCACUCUACCAGUUUUAUAACGCCGCUAAAGUUGAGUCGGCUUGUGGUGGUGAAUCAGAUUCAGAUACGUACGAAGCUGGCGGCUCUACCUGCAGCGCAUCCCGGCCUACAGCCAUGGCGUUAGUGGCCCCACGUGGCCCAGCUCGCACGCUUUGGUGCGAGGUCCCAGAAGUUCUUAACUCCGCUGUACUAAGUUCCCUCGCACCAGCUCAAAAGAAACUCCAAGAGGCAAAGUUCGAAGUGCUGACUUCAGAAGCGUCUUAUCUGAACUCAUUGAACGUGCUAGAAGAGCAUUUCAUAUCACAUCCAGCAUUUCGAGAAGCCCACGUCCUGCCCAGGGAAGACUGGGAGACCUUGUUUUCCACAAUUUUACCCGUCCGUAAAUGCUCCCAAAUGCUGCUAGCGGAGAUGGAGCGAUGCUGGCAAGAGAAUAUCCUCCUCACGGGCAUCUGUGACAUCGUGAGGAGUCACGCAGAGCAAAGGUUCCACGCCUACGUCAAGUACUGCGAGAAUCAGGCCGUCAUGGUGCGGACCCUGCAGCGACUGCGGGAAACCCCCAAUUUCACGGCAGCACUUAAACAGAUGGAAAGUCACCCGGCAUGUCAAAGUCUCUCCCUCCAUUCCUUCCUGAUGCUGCCCAUGCAACGCAUCACGAGGCUUCCCUUACUCCUUGAUGCUGUACUGAGAAACCUCAGCUCUGGUGAUGAAGAAUACGAUGGAUGCAUGCACGCACUUGCUACACUUAAUAAUUAUGUAUCCCAAUGCAACGAAGGUGCCCGUAACACAGAACGUUUGGAAGAAAUGUUCCGUCUGAGUUCAGUCAUCCACUUCCCGCCCGUACUUAAACACGCGCCAAACGUCGCGCCCGCUUGCGACCGACGAGACCGCAAACCAAUCCGAUGGUUAGUUCGUUCUGGAGAGAUGACCCAACUGGUGUGGAAGACUGACGAGCUGAAACUGACAUUCGGGAGGAAGUUCCACAAGCUUCCCCUACAUCUUUUCCUUUUUAACGAUCACUUGGUCAUCACUAAGAGGAAGAGCGACGAAUGCUUCGUGGCAAUUGACCACUGCCCACGGUCGCUGGUGGACGUGUGUUCGAGUGACGCGGCAGCAAAUGCGAAACAUGCCCUUUUGCUUACAUUAUUAGAGAACCACGAGGGGAGGACCGUGGAAAUGCUCAUGUCGUGUGCAAGUGAGACAGACGCGCGUCGAUGGACAGAAGCGUUGGCCCCGCCCACUUGUCACGACGGCGAGGCCGUAUACGCGGGUUGGGAUUGUCCACAAGUGGCCGCUUUGUACGCGUACACUGCCGCACAACCAGACGAACUAGGAUUAAAUGAAGGCGAUAUUGUAAAUGUCACUAGAAAGACUAGCGAGGGUUGGUACUAUGGAGAACGAACUCGUGAUGGCGAAUCUGGUUGGUUUCCCGGCUCAUACACGGUAGAAAUUGCCUCUCCUCACGUUCGCGCUCGAAACCUGAGACAGCGAUAUCGCUUGCUCGCUCUAUCCGGUACUUACCUCGGACAGAAGAAACGGCCCGCUUGAAUAUACUCUGUGACUUUAAAUGCCUGUGUGAUGUUUGCUCUACAUUAUGCGCAAUAACCGUUACUGCAUAAUUAAAUCCGAAUGUAUUAUUUUAUCUUAUCUAUGAUUUUCAUUUCUAACUGUGAAUAAUAUGUUUAAGUUACUUUAAGGUGCUUUGAUAGUGUUGAUUGACUUAUUUGAAUGUAUAGAGCCGUCCAAACACUGCCUUUACUUUGAGCACUUUAGUAUAAGUUUUAGGCACCUCAAUUUAAGUGGUGUUUAGCAAAAUAAUGUAAGUAGAACUAUAAGACUAGUUACUGAAUGUACAGUUACGUAUGAGAUUUGAAAAUUGUACAGAAUUAUCCUUUCCACAAGUGACAAUACCAUAGACAUAAUCUGUGGUGCCCUAUUUGUCUGCGAUCUUCAUCUAUUCCUAUUAGUUCAUUUACUUUUAGCACUUACUUGCUUAUAAAACUACUAGUCAAUAGGCGGUUUGUAAUUAUAGUUCAUAUGAACAAAAUGUAUUGAUAUAUUUGAUAUAAUUGAUAUAUUUAUUUUAUGACAUUCCUUUUAAAUAUAUUUUGUAAGUUUCUCGGACGUCACUGUUGUGUACGGGACCAUAACAUUAGUGUACUUAACAUUAUUUAAUGGACACAUAUACCAUGUAAUUAACUCGUUAUUAGAUUUAAUUUACCAAGAAAUAUAAUUUUACAUCUA